AUGUUUGUGUUUAUUGUAGGUAUCAUUUGAAAGAUGUAGUUCUUGAAGGAGGAGUUGCAUUUAACAAGGCCUAUGGAAUGACGCUAUUUGAAUACCACGGCACAGAUCCAAGGUUUAAUAAGGUUUUCAACGAGGGAAUGUCUUACCAUUCCACCAUUAUCAUGAGAAAAAUUCUUGAAACCUACAAAGGCUUUGAGGGUCUCACAUCUUUAGUGGAUGUGGGUGGCGGAAUUGGAGCUGUACUUAACAUGAUUGUCACCAAGUACCCUUCGAUGAAGGGUAUUAACUUUGAUUUGCCCCAUGUAAUUGAGGAUGCCCCGUCUUUUCCUGGUGUGGAGCAUGUUGGUGGAGACAUGUUUGUUACUGCACCUAAAGGCGAUGCCAUUUUCAUGAAGUGGAUAUGUCAUGACUGGAGCGAUGAAUAUUGCUUAAAAUUGUUGAAGAAUUGUUACAAUGCAAUACCGGCAAAUGGAAAAGUAAUUGUGGCAGAAUACAUUCUUCCAGUAGCCCCAGACACUAGCCUUGCCACAAAGGCAGUCAUCCACAUGGAUUGCUUAAUGUUGGCUCACCUUCCUGGUGGGAAAGAGAGGACUGAAGAGGAAUUCGAGACAUUAGCUAAAGGAGCUGGAUUUCAAGGUUUCCAAGUAAUAUGUUCUGCUUUUAAUACCUAUGUCAUGGAAUUCCUCAAGAAGGCCUAAGGGUAGUGCCCUUUUUUUUUUUUUAUAAUAAAAGAGAGCAUAGCUCUAAGAAUACAUUGUUAAUUUAGGGUAUGAGACAUCCAUAUUAUCAUUCAAAAUCUAAGAGGACAGUCCUAGUGGAGGAUUCAAGAUGAUAUGGGUAGCCAAUGGAUAGUUCCUAGUAAUCUCACAUGUACUGGAAGUGAAGAAACAAAUGUUGAAUGGCAAUGAUUAGUUGUUAAAGAGCUCUA